GUGGCUAUUCGAUUGUAUAUCCGUACUCGUAUGACAAAGAACCUCUGGUGGGAUGAUGGACUUCUGGUGGCGGGCACGCUGUUUUCCAUUGUCGGAGUCACUUUCAAUCUCAUCAUGGUCUCUCACGGGGCUGGACGUCACCGAUACUACCUCACAAGAGAGCAAACAGCCAAAGUUUUACAAUACAACACCCUUUUCGCAGCCAUGAAUAUUCCGUGUGUCUGCCUUGUCAAGACCUCAAUUCUGCUAUUUAUUUAUAAAGUGCAGAAUUCGAAAAGAGUUGCUCGUUUCAUUUACGUGCUACUAGCAUUGACAAUCUCCGUGGGGCUUGGUACCUCAAUCUUCAUUUGGCUCCAAUGUAUACCAUUUAAUGCACUAUGGAAUCCACGUGUGAAAGGCAAAUGCAUAUCAAGAAAAGUGUAUGGAAAGGUCAGCGUCUUCCAAGGAGUGAUAUACAGCGUCCUAGAUCUUCUUAUAACGUCUCUUCCUGCCAUAAUCCUAUGGAGAGUUCAAAUGAAGAAGCAGGUCAAAGUCGGAAUCUGCUUCCUGCUGAGCCUGGGUCUUGGAGCUACUGCCUUUAACAUCAUGCGAGUAGUCUUCCACGAGCAGCUUGCAGCCGCAGACUUCACUUUCGACCUCUGGGGUGUUGACAUAUCCGCUCAGCUCGAACAAAAUAUCUGCAUCAUCGCUGCAGCUGUCCCAACAUUCCCACAUUUAUUCCGAACUUGGGCUCAUAAG